UUUUCUUUUUUCAGCGCAUACACCCUUUGCAUACUCUAAUCCACUGUCCAAUUCUUCUUCCGAACCAUGGCAGAAGCAUCCUCUGCCGGCUCCACCACCGCCGACCCUCCGCCACCAGUUACCAAAAGAUGGGCUGACGAAGCGGACGAAGAAGCCGAAGAAUCAUCCACCGCCAGCUCCACCGCCAUCGAAGCCUCUUCCGUCAACCUCGACGCAUUAAAAAUCGAAGACAAGGAUGAGAACCCUCCCAAACUCUUGGAUGACCCCGACGAUUCUAGCAUCCAAAAGGUUACCUCUGGAGACACGCCGUACACGUCGGCUUCGAAGUUCGAGGACCUGAACCUCUCGCCGGAGCUUCUGAAGGGGCUCUACGUGGAGAUGAAGUUCGAGAAGCCAAGCAAGAUCCAGGCGAUAAGUUUGCCGAUGAUCCUCAACCCGCCGCACCGGGACCUCAUCGCGCAGGCACACAACGGGUCUGGGAAGACCACGUGCUUCGUGCUUGGGAUGCUCAGCCGCGUCGAUCCCAAGGUGCAGGCGCCGCAGGCUCUCUGUGUUUGCCCCACUCGUGAAUUGGCUAAUCAGAACAUCGAGGUUCUCCGCAAGAUGGGGAAGUACACCGGGAUUGCGUCGGAGUGCGCUGUGCCGUCGGAUAGCAAUGCGCUCUCGAUCGCGAAAAGAGCGCCGAUUAUGGCGCAGGUGGUGAUCGGAACUCCUGGCACCAUCAAGAAGUGGAUGAGCUUCAAGAAACUUGGGGCCUCCAGGUUGAAGAUUCUUGUUUUUGACGAGGCAGAUCAAAUGCUUGCGGAGGAUGGAUUUAAAGAUGAUUCCCUGAGGAUAAUGAAAGAAAUACAAAAAGUCAAUUCUAAUUGUCAGGUUCUUCUGUUUUCUGCUACAUUUAAUGACACCGUCAAGAAUUUCGUUUCAAGGACAGUCAAAGAAGAUCAUAAUAAACUAUUUGUAAAGAAAGAAGAACUAUCUUUAGAUGCAGUGAAGCAGUAUAAGGUCUACUGUUCUGAUGAACUUGCGAAGAUUGAAGUGAUAAAAGAUUACAUAUUUGAGAUAGGAGAGAAUGUGGGGCAAACCAUCAUAUUUGUGCGUACAAGAAAUAGUGCACAAAUGUUGCAUAAAUCACUUGUUGACUUGGGUUAUGAGGUUACAUCUAUACAAGGUGCUCUUGGUCAUGACGAGAGGGAGAAAAUUGUUAAGGAGUUCAGAGAUGGUUUGACUCAAGUUCUUAUAUCAACUGAUCUUCUUGCUCGUGGCUUUGAUCAGCAACAGGUUAAUUUGGUCAUCAAUUAUGAUCUUCCAAUGAAACACACUGCCAGCUAUACCCGUGAACCCGAGCCUGAUUGUGAAGUGUAUUUGCAUAGGGUUGGCAGAGCUGGGCGUUUUGGGCGCAAAGGUGCUGUAUUUAACCUGAUAUGUGAUGAAAAGGAUGAAAGGCUCAUGUCGAAGAUUGAGAAUCACUUCGGCACUCGUGUAGCUGAGGUGCGAGCACAAAGUGUGGAAGACUAUAAACGUGCACUGAAGGAAGCCGGUUUACUGCAAUGAUAUGAAUGUGGAGAAGUCGAUUUAUUAUAAUGUAUGAUUUAGUGUGUGAUUGGUAAUGUGUUGAAGAAUUGAUUUUGGCCGAAGCGAUAUCUAAUAUUAUUUGAUUUCCAUUGACACGAAAUUUUUAAUCUAUUACUCACUUCUCGUGGAAAACAA